CAAAAUCUCAGAUGGUCAAGAAAAGUUUUUCUCUUCACUUUCACUGGACGUUUCUUCCUAAUUAAGGCUUCCACUGAGAACUGCCUCCACCCUGACUACAACUAAAGACUCCCAGAGACUGACACAGCAAACUUCCAUCAUGGAAAAUGUCAAUGUGCUAAACCACCUGCAAGACCAUAACUACAGCAGAAAAAGGAUCAUUUCUGCACGCCAGGCAGAGAUUGUAAGGAAGGCUGCAGCACAGCGUCCACGCUGCAGUGUUGACCAGGUGCCCGAUGUAAAGAGAAAGCGCCAGCACUCUGCUACUGCUGCAGAACUUCCCCGGAAGAGGAAGCGGACCUCUGUGGCUCGUCCUUCCAAACCUUCUGCUGUGAAUCCAGCUGCUGAAGAGCCAGAGGUGUUGGACUGGGAUGCCAGUCCUCAGGCUUCCACCUCAGCUGCUGACAUUCCAGAGUUACUGAAUUUGGUCGCAAAGCCUCGGACCCCCCCUGCUGACCUUCCAGUUCCUUCCACUGCUCCGCUGCCCCACGACAGCCCUCUGAAAAUACACAACCGCUCAGUAGAAGAGUACCAGCAGAUCUACCAUGAAGUUGUAGAUAAUAUGCUGAAGUACAAGAGUGGCAGGAUGCGUCCGUACAGUUUAGCGCUGGGACGUCGCAUCAAGCAGAAGCUGUGGGAAAGGCUGGAUCGUCCCACAUUCACAGAAUCAGUGGCUGGAGACAGCCUGGUGCAUGUGGGCGUCUCAUACGGGGUCGGGGUCCAUCCUCCACUUUAUGAUGUGGAUAUCACGGGAGAACCUAGUCCCCAACCGCUCCCAAAGAUUAGAGCCUAGAACUAAAAUGAAAUAUUAUCAUUUUAGUUCAAUGAGAUUACAUCUGCAAAUAAUAUUGUAGAUGAACUUUAAGUCUUGUAGUUUUAAAGUUUAAGUGUUGAAGGUUUAAGUUUGUGUUGUAGUGUUAAGUUUGUGUUGUAGUGUUA